AUGCCCCCAAGAACCAAAGGCCUAAAGCGCAAGCGCGCCGCGCCCCCAACCGCGACACCUCCCAACGACGCGUCAGAUCCCCUCCAACCCUCUCCUCACCAGCCUGACACCGAUGAAGACGAAAUCUCCGGCAACCCUCCAGUCGACGAAUUAAACGAAGACGCGGCCGAAGAGCGCCCUAGGAAACGCGGUCUUCCGGCCAAAGUGGUAGCUUCUACGUUUAGCCCCGCGCAGAAGCCGAAGAGGAAGCGCGGACGACCGUCGAAGGAUGCGCGCGAAGCGGAGGGUACCGGCGAUGAUCAUGACGAGCUGGAAGGGGACCCGGCCCCUGAGAAGAAGAGGAGGAGGGGGGGACGACCUUCUCUGGGCGAAGUACCUAUUGAAGAGGCGCAGAACAAGACCAUAGAGGAGGCCUCGGAAGCCUCUCGAGGCAAGAAAGAGAAGAAGAAACAGGGUCGGCCAUCAUUGUCUAAGCAGGUGGAGGAGGAAACCCAGACCGAAGCGCCGAGGACGCAAGAACCUAAGAAGAGGGGAAGGCCGUCGUUGUCGAGGCGGACGGAGGAGGGAACACCAGCGGAAGCCUCGAGAGCGCAAGAGCCCAGACGGAGAGGGAGGCCAUCCUUGCCAAAACGGACGGAAGGUGAGGACGAGAAUGAGUAUGAGGAACCUCAAUUGGAUCAGCCGCAGAAGCGGGGAAGACCAUCCCGAUCGAAGCAAGCGCAGGACGAAGUGCGUCCUGCCAAGGAGCCCAGGAAGCGAGGACGACCGUCUCUAUCGAAAGAAGCUCCCGCGGACGACAUCCCCCCCGCGGAUGAACCCAAGAAGCGUGGUCGGCCCCGCCGAUCCGACGUUAACGAGGCCACCCCAACACAACAGCCCCCCGACACUGCGGCCCCAACCGACAACGAGCCCCCCAAACGUCGCGGCCGGAAAUCCACUACCUCAGCACAGCAACAACAAGAAGCAGAUACCCAACCAUCCCCAGUCUCACCCUCACCCGAGCGCAAAGCCCCCCGCCCCAAACGCAAACCCUACCUCUACAUCGCGCCCAAACAGCGCGAAAUCCCCGUGUCGGUAAUCUCCUCCAAAUGGUCGCCCCUCAACCCCUCCUCCGUCGAACUCGCCCGCCAAACCCUCCAGCUCGCCGAACGUCCCGUCCUGCAGACCUACGCUCCGGGGCCGCGCCGCGACGCCGCGACGGCAGCUAUCCGCAUUGCGACGAAGCGCGUCGUGAACAGUAUCUCGCUAGGCUUACCUUUUCCGCCGGCCUCUAGAUACUCGGUCCAACUCGCGACUCGGAAAAAGAAAUCUUACAACGGCAAAAACAAAAACAAGCGGAAAUCUGCUGCUGCCGAUGACGGCGACGGCCCGGAUGGCAGAGAGGUAGAACUCGACCUAGAAGCUGUAAUCUCCGAAACCGAGGCCCUCGAGAAAAGGUUAGAGCCCCUCCUCCACUCGAUAGAGAUCCUCAGAGCCGAGGAGAAGAGGAUGGAUGCCGUCAUCGAGAGGGACACGGCUGAGCUGUCUACGCUUUCGCAGAACUCGAGGAGGGAGUUGAAUCUAUGGAGGGAGAGCUUGAGGAAGUCGGCGCAUCCUUUGCUCCCGGAGCGGUGGGAUCCCGAUGCGGAUGGGAGGGAGAAGUUGGUUUUAGCUAGGGAUGGGGAGGGGCCGUUGGGCGAGUGGGUGUUUGCGAACUUUCCCGAUAGCGAAGUCACGGCGCUCGCAGCGCAGCUCAACAACCACCUCUCUUCCAUCCGGGAAAACAUCCGCUCGGUCGAUAAGCUCGACGGCUCUAUCGACGAGUCGUGGGGCGCUCUGCGGCGUGCGUUGGCGGGGUUGUUGCCUCCAGAGAGGUACGAGGCUGUGUUACAUGGGGAUGGAAGAGAGAAGUGA